AUGUCGUCGACUCUGUCGUCGCGCUUCAACGCGGCGCUCCAGCGCUCCUACCGCCGACGGCCCGGGCUCUGGACCACCUCGGUCACGACGCUGCGCGCCACGGCCGUCGCCGCACAGAUCUUUUGCGUAAUGCACCUCUUCCACGAACACGUCAUGGAGGUCAGCCAGAGCACGGGCUCGUCGAUGCUGCCCACCAUCGCCCUCGACGGCGACUACCUCCUGCACGUGCGCCUCCCCUUUCUCCGCUUCUGUACCGAGUCCUACCAACGUCUCGCCUCCUUGCUCCCCGCACCAUCAUCAUCAGCAUCCUCCCACCGCGACGACGGGCAGCAGCAGUCGCCCUUCUACUCUUCUCGGACCUGGGGCCACAAGCGCGUCGGCGGGCCGAGCUCGAUCAAGACGGACCAGACGCAGGGGACCGGGCUGAGGAUAGGCGAUAUCGUCGUCGCACUCAGCCCGGCCAACCCCAACCGCACCGUGUGCAAGCGCGUCAUUGGCCUGCCCGGCGAUACCAUCUGCGUCGACCCGCGCAUGCGUCCUAUCCCCGACUACGCAUGGAGGGGGCGUCGAGCGGCGACACCCACAUCGAUAUCGACUCGGACAGCGAGGACGUCGUCCUCGACCACCAGCGGCAGCGGCGGCGGCAGCGGCGGCAGCGGCGGCAGCGGGGGAAAGAGGUUGGAAACCGACAUCGACGACGACGAUGUGGAUCUGCUCUCGUCGAUGGACUCGUCGCCCUCGGACGGUGGCGGCGGCUACGACGACGACGUCGAGGGUGGAAGUGCGCCCGCGACCGCGCCCGCAGUGGACCGACCGACGCUCGAACACGACCGCGCGGCGCUGAGCGAGCUGCGCGCCAGCACCUACCUCCGUUCGCGCGGCGAGGUGCAGUACGUCACCGUGCCCAGCGGCCACGUGUGGCUCACGGGCGACAACCUGGGAAACAGCACCGACUCGCGCCACUACGGCCCCGUCCCCAUGGGCCUCGUCAAGGGAAAGGUCGUCGCAAAGGUCUUUCCCGGUUGGGCCUGGCUGGGCAACAAUGCGACCUGA